GACACAAUCUUCUUCUCUCUCUCGACAAACCGGCGAAAGCCAGCGUUUCCGACCCGGCGCUGAGAUAUCGACUUCAGCUGAUAACAAUGGCGGACGUAGUACAGUUCAAGCUUGAGCGCAUGCUCGAUGAGCUAGAUGAUUUGAAGCGGCGCGGCUUGUUUACCCGUAGGGAAAUAGCCGAGGUUGUUAAACAGCGUCGUAAGUUCGAGUACCGCCUCAAAAGGCCGAGUCCUCUAAAGCAAGAUUUUUUGGCAUACAUUGACUACGAAAAGCAACUUGAUGCGCUCCGUCGCCUUCGGAAGAAAGAAUUACUGAAAAAAUCCAAUAGCAAAAAAGCGAAGAAAUCAGUUUCCGAUUUUGCCGGCGUAGCCAGGAUUAUUGAAAUUUACCGGCUGGCCACGAAUCGGUUUAAGGGGGAUAUUGAACUCUGGUUUAAAUAUUUGGAAUUUUGUAGAGCGCGAGGCCACGGUAGGAUGAAAAAGGUUCUGGCUCAGUUAGUUAGAUUUCAUCCAAAAGUACCUGGUGUCUGGAUCUACGCUGCUGCUUGGGAGUUCGACAACAAUCUGAAUGUUGCAGCCGCCCGUGCUCUGAUGCAAAACGGUCUGAGGACAUGCCCAACUUCAGAGGACUUAUGGUUAGAGUACCUUCGAAUGGAACUCACUUACCUUAACAAGUUAAAAGCUCGAAAGGUUGCCUUAGGGGAGGAUAUUGGAAGCAUAGCUCAUGGGCAUAAGAAUGCUGAUGAGGAUAAGUGGAGAGAUGAGAACAAAGAACUAUUUAUGCCCCUCAAUGAGACAGGGGAUUCAGAUAAGACAUCUACUCUUCAAGAUGGUGAUUCUGAGGAUAAGCCGGACGUGUUUGGAGAGCAUGGAUUGAACAUUCUUCAGACUGUUUACGGUGGUGCAAUUGAAGCCCUGCCUACUGCCUUUGAUCUCAGAACUCGGUUUCUUGGUAUAUUAGAAGCAACAGUGCUGCCUCAUUCAGACGAAAUGCGAAAGACGAUACUUGAUGACAUGAAAAGGGACUUUUCACAAGAGCCAUUCUACUGGGAUUGGUUGGCAAGAGCUGAAAUAACUGGCGGCCUCAAGACAAUAAACUCCGACCAGCUGGCGAAAGCGGUUAAGGUUUAUGAGGAAGGCAUGAAGUUUGUACCAUCAGCAUCCAUGGUGGAAGCUUAUGUUAAAUUCCUCAUGGAUGCAGUCAACAGUGAAAGCCAGGGUGGAGAUACUGCCAUUCAAUUCCACUUUGAUGGAAAUACCACUGACCUUAUUUUGCAUCUCCAGACAGUGUUCGAGAAUGCUGAAACCUUGGAUUGUACAACUGAAGAUCUUGCAUGCCAACAUGUUUCAUUGCUUCUACAGCAGGGAAAAGUGAACGAUGCCAAGAUGCUGGUAGAAAAUCUUUGUUCUGGGAAAUUUUUAGACGGUGUACAAUUGUGGAGUUUGCGGCUCUCCAUAGAGAUGAAAUGCAUUCAAAAUAGAUCUUCUUCACCUGAGAAGAGUGAUCUAGUGUUCAUCUUUGAACUCUUCAAAACCAUAUGGAUGAGAGUUAGCAUUUCUAAAGCAGAAAACCUGUGGAUAAUGGGGCUGAAAUUUUUUGCCAAUCAGAGACCUUUUUUUAACAAGCUUGUGAAGUGUGCAACUCUUAUGCUGGCUAAAGAUGGUGGAAGUGAUAGCGGCUUCUCUCUAUCAUCAACAAUUGUUAACCACAUCCUUCAAAAGGAUGGAGUUGAAAGUGCAAGAGAGAUGUAUAACAGAUUUCUUCCCUUGCCUCAUCCAGGGCUGGCUCUCUAUAAAACUUGCAUAGAGCUAGAAUUGAAUCUUGCAUCCACCGGUGAUAAAACUGCUCUUAACAUUGCCAGAAAACUGUUUGAUUCUGCCCUUUCUACUUACCAUGAAAAUGCAAGCUUGUGGCAGGACUAUCACAGCAUGGAGGUCAAGAUGGGAACAUCAGAAACUGCUGCAGCCGUACACUGGCAAGCAACGAAAGCACUGAAAAACAACAUUGUUCUACUGCGAUCGACGGAGUAGUAAGAGAAGCUAUAGUCAUGGUUUCUGUAUAUUUCAACAACAUUCAGUUUUGACUGCACACCAUUGUUAUAAUUUAGUUAUCUUAGUCCAUUUUAAUGGAGAUGAAGCUAUAGAAAGUGGCAUUUCUUGAGCUUUUUGUAUUUGCUUAUUUAUUGAAUCAUCCAUCCAUAGACAUGGGAAUGUUACACCAUAAAUACCCACUAAAAUUUCUUCAAA